AUGGACAGAGGGGCCCGGACCAGACCUGCUCCCGCAUGGAGCAAGAACUCAAACGUGGAUCCUGAAAGUCGUCAAGGACUCCGCUACAUAUGCCAGACGGGGACCCUGGUCCCUCACCGUGGAACCGGCUGGAGGAGUGUCGACGUCUGCCGUGCUGCAGAUGGACGUCGUGCGUGGGAUGCACUUCCUGUUAGGGCCAGAUGGGGGUGCUCGCUGUUCCACGCAAACGACAAAUGGAGGCGAGAGUGUCGCGGUAUAAGUCAGUCGAUUCAGCUCGGAUCCAAGACUGCACUGAUUUCGACACGGAACUGUAAUCAGGUCGAGUAUGACUGCGGUCUUGUCGGCGACACCAAUGAAAGGCUUGGCUGCUUGGCUGUGGGUCCUUUCUACUCGGUGGUGGUAAAGGUUCUGGGCGCCGAUGAUGUUGCUGAUCUUGAAUAUGAUGUCCAGAAAACUGAUACCGAGAGAUAUUUGUCAAUGGAAGAUGACACUGGGAGUGCAAAGGCGUAUUUUUACCCCCUGGCCAGAGACAGCCGCUACCCUCGUCCAGUCCUUAUCAACGUGCAUAUGGUCAGUCCUGAUUCGAUUGUUAUGCGGGCAUCAAAGCCCAGGGCGACACUUGUGAACCAUCCGUCACCACAGGAUGGAGGUGCUAUUGGCCGGAGAGCCAGGCAAACAGGGGAAUUUCACUACGCACAUCCAUGGAAGGACGCAGUCAUUACCAGACGCCUUAUCGGGGAUCCGAAAAUGGGGUUUGGUCUACGGGCACACGCAGCACUCGGCCGUGAUGGAUGUCAUCCAAUAUUGACCACGGCCAACCAGGAACUGGAACAUUCCCUACGGUACUUUCCAUUCUGGUCUCUUUCCGAUUGUAGUGUAUGGCGUGAACAACAUGUAGAAAGGCCUCCUCCGUCUUCGGAGUUCCGAUAUGUAGAGUACGUACAGAAGGCAUGUGUGAGGAUCAAGGAAAGGUCCAAGAUUGUAGACAGGAAUUGUGUACAACAACGACUUGUAGGUAGCGGAGUGUCAGGCGGCCACAGUCCGGUGGCAUCCAAGGCGCCACCAAACUCUACACUAGUGUCCGGUUGUGGGCGUGGUGAUGCUACCACAUCCGCACAGGUUCAUAGGGCUUCCUUUAUUGGUAAGAUGAAGAGAUCGACUGUGUAUGGGGGGCCUGAAGAGAAGAUGAAGUGCGUGUUGGUCGAGACCUCUCUGGUAAUGAAACAAGUAUCGUUUCAUUAUGUCGACAAAGUGCAAGCCAUCAUCGGCAAAGGUUCUCGAAUUUCUCUCUUCACGGGACAACCAUCUCAAUCCCGCCAGGAAAGUCGCACGGGUUCAAUCGCCGACUUUUAA